GCACGAAAUACACAUCAUAUAUAUGCACUUAUGAAGUUAUGAGCUGAGAAAUACACGAAAUACGCAUCAUUUGUAAGCACUUGGCUGUUGAGAAGGUCGCUAUAGUUAACCAGUAGACCACGCACAGAAUCAAUCGUUUACGUACAGAAAGACAAGUGCGAGAUAUGAAAACAAUUUUGUCUACAAAUAGAAUCUAAUACGAAAGCAAUUCUGUGAUAUAGCCACACGUACGAAAGCAACCUUGUGCACAUAGAGAUAAGUCCUUUGUUUUCUUGAAGCAUAUAACUCUUGUGUAAGAGUUCAAUUUAAGAUGUCUUGGAAUCUGGGAGAAGAUGACUGGAAUGGCGGCAGCGACGAAGAUUCGGACGAGGGGGACAAUUACUCAGAGUCUAAAUUCCGCAACCUCAAGUCACACACCAUCUACGCAGUGGAUGCGAGCAGCAACAUGUUCAAGAAGCUCGCUCGUACAGUACACGCACCUGCCGAUCGCCCUGGUCAUGCACGGGAGGAACAGACAGAGGAUUCGUCUCCGUUCUACAUGGUGAUGGAGGGUUUGCGCAGCGGGUUAUCAGAGAGCAUCAUACUAUCGCCAAACGAUCUCACAGGCAUUAUCCUGUACAACGUGCGAAAAAACUCUAACAGUAUGAGUUUUGACCACAUCUACGUAACUAUGAAUCUGAGCACACCUGGCGCGUCUGACUUGGCAAGCGUAGAGGCGCUCAGAGACCUGGCAUUGCGAGACGAAGGUCCCAAGUUCCAGCAGCAUUUCGGUUCGGCGGAUAACAUGGUAGACAUCAGUAACGUACUGUUUGUUGCCAGGGACAUCUUCGAUAGUUGUACCACUGCGAAACAGGGGAGGAAGAAGGUCAUCUUCUACACGUGCAACGACGAUCCGCAAUCAGGUAUGCUGUUUUGA